AUGCACGAGCGGGGACGAGUUUUUCAGAAGUUCAAUCUCCUUGAGAAUUUCAUUGACUGCUUCUCACGUAAGGGUGUGAUUCCGCUUCUCUCUCUUAUCAGCGAAGGCCGUGUCAAGUUUAGGUACAAAAUGUCCCUCGCCAGGACGACACUAUUACCAGUGACGAGACGCGCCAUCUUCUCCAUGUUGGCUCGUUCACUUAGUGGGACCCAGGAAGCUGAUAUCGUCGUCAUUGGAUCUGGUCCUGGUGGGUACGUUGCUGCAAUUAAGGCUGCACAACUAGGAAUGAAGGUUUGAAU